AGAGAGAGAGAGAGAGAGAGAGAGACAGAGAGAGAGAGAGAGACAGAGAGAGAGAGAGAGAGAUGUGUGGUGUGAGGAGUAAUGUGUGUGUGUGCGUGCGUGCGUGCGUGCGUGUGUGUGUGUAGACUGUCAGAAAUGCAGGAGGAGUUGGUUUCCAUGGCAGCGUCAAAAAAGAGGCUCGAGAUGCAGAGGGAGGAGCUUGUGUCUCGGCUUCAGGGAAUGAUGCGCUCUCAUUGGGUGGAGGCUUUGAAGCUGUUGACCAAUCCAGGGCAGAUAGAGAAUAUGUUUGUACCUCCUCCUUUGUGGGAAGCUUCUAAAAUCUCCUGUCAUCUUGAAGACACAUCGAGCAGUGACACACACCUGCCAGGUGCACAGGCUGUUGUUCUGAAUCUGUCCAGAGAGAGAGAGAACGAGCGAGAGACACAUUCUCAUUCUGAUGUGUUAAACUACAGGCAUUCAUUUACACCUCUGGAGCCUGUGCUGGACCACACUCAUCUGACAGCUAUCAGUGACUGCAGUGCAUUGUGGGUCAGGCCUGUGAUUUCAGAGGAAGAAGGGAACAGCACAGAGAGAAAGAUGAAAGAGAGAAAACCCAGUCAAAGCAGAAACAAUCAAAGCCACGCCUUCACAGAGACAUGCACCAAUCCCAGCUCUAGCUCUGAUAGGGCUGACCAGAGGUGGCACUUCUGCAGUACUGUGCAUGUAGUGAGUCCAGAGAAGGCUCCGCCCACCAAAGAGGAAGCCCUGCCCUCUAUCUGA